UUCUGCUUAUCACUAUCUGACAGUAUCGGGAAGUCCGUUGUUUUCCCGCUGAAUUGGGCUACUUUAACACUGUUGCCGUGGGUUGUUUUGCAUGUCCGCGGGUUUAAGCGACCCCAAUAACGACAUAUUUAACCCCUGAAAUGCGAGUUUACAAGGGGAACUCCGACAAACACGUGCAUUUUACACCCGGAACGCGAUUUUUGAUGGGGACCCCCCUCGAAGCAACUGGGCGGAUUUUGUUGUGCUGCUUUCAGUUAAAUUGCCGCAAAUGGCUGUUUCUACGGUCCGCUAGGAAGGCGACAAACUGUAUCAGGAUUGCAAUAAUUCUAACUAUUAACCAAUAGUCACUCUAUCUGUAUUACGUUCCCGUGGAUUACACUGCAUUUGAACGGACAUCCGAAAAGGCCUUGAAUAAACAAUGCAUUUAUCAUCUGGAAACUGCAACGUAGAUUUUAUUACAGAGGAUAUUCAGCACUGAAAAGUUGGUGGUGCAACAAUGCAAAGAAAAGCAGAAUUGGAAGAAAACUAAAGAUUUUCCUGUGAUCUGUAAAAAAUGGUGGGGUGUAGUUUUAGGAUCUGUAUGGGUCGCUUUGGGAAGCGAGGAGGCCAUUUAAAGUUCAUCCAUUACUUCUUCAUAAUAGUCUUUUGUAUCCUCCUGCUAUCUUUACUCUUUAUUGACAUAAUCGAAUUGUGGCUAACCUCGCUGGGCAUGAGCAGAGUGGAAGGUCCUCACGGACUACUCCUUCCACACAGUGUACCCCCAACCCGUUCCGAAGAGUACUUGCUUAUGCCUAGCAUCCACGUCUGCCAGCGUGCCAAACCGUACCUUAUUAUUUUGGUGGCAACUGCACCUCACAACAGAAAGGCCCGCCAGGCCAUUCGAGACACCUGGGGUGGGGAGGUACAAGUCAGGGGUCACCGAGUCAUGACCCUCUUCGUUGUAGGUCAGCCUACUGACCCAGUUAUUGGCAAAGAAUUGAUAGAGGAGUCAAAGGAGCGUGGGGACCUCAUACAGGGUCGCUUCAUUGACUCCUAUGGCAACUUGACCCUGAAAACACUGUCUAUGCUGGGCUGGGCACGCCGUUUCUGUCCACAGGCUCACUACCUGGCUAAAGUAGAUGAUGAUGUGCUGUUCAACCCUAAUGCACUUCUGCAAUAUCUCAACCUCAGCUUUAAAACAGGAGAAAACGAACUCUCCGAACUUUAUCUUGGUCGGGUCCACAUGCAGGUAGCACCGGACCGCAAUCCCGCCAGCAAACACUUCAUGUCGGAAACUGCAUACGCUGGCGUGGUCUUUCCCGAUUACUGCAGUGGAACCGCAUACGUACUUUCUAGGCCAGCUUUGCUGAAGCUGUCACUAGCAGCGGUUGCUAUACCUUUACCCAGGCCGUUGCCUCCAGAGGAUGUGUUUGUAGGUAUUUGUGCUCACACAGCAGGCAUUACACCAACCCAUUCUCCACUCUUCUCUGGAGGGCCAGCUGUACCAUACAGUCGUUGUUGCUACCAAACUAUGGUGUCUGUCCACCAUACCAAGCCAGGGGACAUGGUGCACUACUGGACGGAAGUGCACUCCACGGCCCCAUGUUCAUGGUUGGGUAUGCGGACAUCUCUUGGUGUCUGUAAAAUAAGAGCAUUUCUUGGGACACUGUUGGGAAAAGACUCCUAAAAUGUCACAUUAUCUCCAAGAAGCCAGUAGGAAAGUAUUGUGAAAAGCACAAA